AUCAUUUCUGCAUCAGUGUCAAAAUGUUUUUCACUUGGUUAAUAUUCAUCCUUGCACUUUUUGGUGUGAUCGCUUUUGGAUUGAUAAUUUUUGCAAGGUGGAACUACGGAAAAUUAGACAAUUUAGGAUUCCCAAUCAUCCCACCUUCUGGAAUACGUGGGAGUAUUCCAAACAUACAUCACAAGGUUCAGCAUUAUGAAGACAUCAAACGAUUUGAAGAAAAUGGUCCAAUUUGGGGGCUCUACCAAGGGCGAACACCUAUUAUAUUCAUUGCUGAUCCCGAUUUAAUCAAGAGCAUAUUUGUCAAAGACUCAUCACACUUCUUUGACCGAGAACCGUUUAAUUUCGGGAAUCCAAUACUCAACCAAAUUCUGGAUUACUUGCCUGGAGAUAAAUGGAAAACAAUGCGUGUUUCACAAACAAAGUUAUUUUCAUCCGGAAAAAUUAAACAAUACAGUAAUUCAAUUUUUAAGAAAAGCAUGGAGGACUUUUUGGCCAGGAUGGACCAAGACCUGGACUCAAGCCCAGACGGACGAGUAACAAUCGAUGCGAGAGAACGGUUUUGUACAUUUACGGUCGAUGCAAUUGCAAGGAGCAUGUUGUCCAUGAAGGUGGAACCGGAUGGCAAUGAAUUUUACACUGCUUGCAAGAGAUUGAUUGGAGAUGGUCAAACAGUGUCUCCAUUCUAUGUUUGGACUCUCGUGUUCCCAUUUUUGACAAUGUUUGAACCUUCGAUGAUCCUGGACAACGUAAUGGUGCAAACCUUCCGAAAUCUCUUGACAGAAAGAAAACGAACCGGAUUCAAAUUUGACGACUUUGGAGACAUAAUGAACGACUUGAUGGGAACUGUCGGCAGUGACAGAUUUAAAAAAUUAGAUAUAAGCGAAACUACCAUAUUUGGACAAGCAGUUAACCUCUUUCUUGCCGGGUUUGAUAGAAUUAGUACAAUUAUGACGUUUCUUGUCUACCAUCUUUCACAAAAUUUAGAUGCGCAAGAAAGGCUACACCAAGAAAUUGAUUUAAUUGUGGACGGCAAGUUUAAUGGAGAGAUUAAUCAUGACACCCUUGCGGAUAUGCCUUAUCUGAACGCAUGCAUUUCUGAAGCUUCUCGUCUUUACCCUACAUUCAUCCGACCUGAAAGGCACUGCAAUAAGGAGUGGGAAUGCCCAGAAAGAGGUAUAAAAAUUCCAAAAGGAAUUACUGUGCAAAUUGCAUCUUGGGCUGUGAAUAGAAAUCCAAAUAUUUAUGAUUCGCCACACGAUUUUAUUCCGGAAAGGUUUCUUCCCGAGAAUAAAGGGAACUUGAACCCUUAUGCUUUCAGCUCUUUUGGGUUUGGUCAUCGCAAUUGCAUAGGAAUUCGAUUUGCUUAUGAAGCAAUGAAAGUAUCAAUUUGUCAUAUGUUGCAUAAAUAUCGAUUUGAAUUGCGAACGGAUUCCAGAAUAAAUUUCAAACCGGGUAUUAUUUUGAUUAUUCAAUAUGAUCCCGUAUAUUUGGAUGUAGUUAAACGGAAUAAAAAUUAACCUGUUACUUGACAACA